GAGUGUGCGCGCCGCUCCGUCGCGAGGCCCAGAUUCCGGACGGAACGACACCCCGCGGUGGUUACCGAGGAUGCAACUCGGAUAGAUCUCGUCGACGAAUUUCUCAUCUCCGUGACGCGAAACACGUUAAACGGUUUGGUUUCGCAUAUAUCAUUUAGCUACUCCUCGAAAUUGGCAUAUUGGUAUAAAUUAAACCUGGUCCAGAGAUUGCGAGAAGACACAUUUUCGCCGAGGGUGUGCGAGAGCUCAACAGCCGAUCGAUAGCGUCGGAAAAGCGGGUGGAAAGAGCGCGGAUUCGAUCCUCGGCAAGAGACGCUCCAGAGAAUGCGAUCCGGGGAUACCCUGUAACGCGCGUUGAUUACGCGUAUGUGAUACACGCGAUGCACGCGCGUACGCGUGCGUGUCUACGCACAGGCGGGAUGGCGUGAUGCGAUCUUAUAGUGUGUCAAAUUCCAAAGGACGUCCGGAUUUUUGUCCGGAUUGUCUUGAGUAAGGGGGAAGGAAGAGUACCACCGAGAUACUCGAUGCCAAAGUUUAAGUUCGAUCAACACGUUGAGUGUUUUCAAGAUACUGUCUUCUCUAUUGGUACUUUAUACCAAUCAAUGUGCGAGCCCAUAUUUAAUACACCUGACAAAUUCUUAGACGCAAUAAAAUCGUUCGAUACUCCGUUGGAUAGAUAAACCUCUCUCGACAGACUGUGCUGUUUAUUCUUUGUGUGCCAGAUAUUUGACGAAAAUUAAUAUACUAAUCAUUACAUAUGGCUCCCGUCAAUGUGUCCUAUAUGUUAGCGAAGAAUUCGUUUCAUUACUGCCGGAACUUUGGAUGGUGAACCGGAAGCGAAACAUAAAGGACUGUUCCAUCAAAAUCUUAUAUAGACAAUGGGAGCUGAUCAUCAGCAGAAAGAUUCAUGAUGUUCAAACUCAUCACUGUGUUUAUCGCCGCAAAUUUCUCAUCGUCGAUCGCAUUUUUGGGAGAUGCCGCCCGUUUUCGGCGUUUUCUUAAAAGUAAAUUCACAAAAAGCAACGUCGUUCACAAAAUCAUGUCCAAUAUCACAGAAAAGUGGACCAUGCAAUGUCGUGCGUGACCUUAUCAGGAACUACUGAACGAUCGAUUUAACAAAAUUGUAAAGUAAUGAUUAGAGACGUACGAUUGAGGCUGGCGAUCACCACUGCAGAUUAUAAUCAAGUAAGUUGCACGUGUGGUGAUCGUCGGCACGUGUCUAUACAUGGCGGUGGCGGCGGACUUUUCCUUCGAUUCUUCCUGAUUUUCUGUUGCGUCACGAUAACCUGCGGCGGCUCCAAGAAUAGGAUGUCGCAUGGGAUCAAAGAUCUACAGACAGCCUUGAAGACUUGGCCUCAAUCGCGGCCAACAGUGGGCCACUGUGAUCUGGAGCCAGACUGCGAUUGGUUCUGGGAGCGGCAAUAUACGAACCCAAAAACUGCAAAUCUGACCUUUGAGAAAGUUAUGGCAGCAACACUAUUCGAAAAUCCAGAUUUUCCGAUCGUGGAUGCCGAUGAUUCCAAAAACGGCCAUUUCUUGUGGUUUAACGGUCCUGGAGUUGCUCAAAUAUUGUCAAAGCCAAUUUUUCGCACGGGCCCGCGUUGUCACGUCGAGUUCUGGCUUUAUCAGGUGGAAAAUGAGAAUGGAUUCAUAAAUAUUAUCAUACUAACUGACAACGCGAGCUCAAUCGCAUACUCAAAACAUGGGAAUAAUUAUAUUAUAUGGGAAAAAAUGAGUUUCGAAUUACGCGCGGUCGAUCAAGCCUAUCACUUACUUAUAGAGAUAUUCGCGCCCUAUUACAAUUCAAGCGUUGGCGUUGACAAUAUUCGUCUAGUCAAUUGCUUCCCAGAAUCUAUACCGAUCGGUGCCAUCUGUACGAAGGAUAUGUUUCGAUGUAAGAACGGUGUCUGUUUGAAUAGAACUCGUAUCUGUGACUUUACAAAGGAUUGCGCCGAUGGUGAAGAUGAAGCACAGGAUUGCGAUAAAAUACCCGAGGACGCAAAAUGCAAUUUCGAGAAUGGUUGGUGUGGCUGGACAAAUGUUCCUGGGAGACCUUUAAAUUGGACCCUUCAUAGAGGUGCUACGCCGUCUAUGAGAACUGGACCCAGUUACGAUCAUACUUAUCGCAAUGAAACAGGAACUUAUGCGUUUGUGAAUAUGGCGUCUAAAAGUCAACAUGUUGGAUAUGGCAGUCGAGCUACUAUCGAAAGUCCUUUAUACAAUCCGACACCACCUUACAGCAGCGAUCCUAAAAGCCCUUAUCAUCAAUCGUGUCAAAUACGCUUUUUCUACCACAAGUAUGGUAUACAUAGCGGAUCUCUUGGACUUUAUCUGGUCCAAGUAAAACCAUACGGAAAUCAAACCAUCAGAUUGUGGUGGUCUUUCAAAACUAACAGCGACGUUUGGAAUAAUGAGGCAGUUGCUCUACCUGACAUAAGAUAUAGGUUUUUUUUACAAUUUGAGGCGUCCAGAGGGAUUACUGCGAAUGGUGAUAUAGCAAUUGACGAUAUUUCCUUAAGUCCAGAAUGUUUCGCCAUUGGAGUUCCACCGGAUAUUGUAGGCAAGUUUAAUUAUUUCAAUCCCGAUAUUGAAUUUGAAAGGAUACCGCUGAUGCAUCCGAGUUUCAUAAACACGACAACAGCUAUCCGAAUCACUUCUUGCGGAGCAACUGGCAGAAUGGGCCCUACCAUUGAGGAAUGCGCCGAGGAACAUAAUAGCAGUGCUGUAGAAUUGGUUGUGCCAUCGUCGAUAUCAGAACAAGAGAGUAAGCUGCCGAUCUUUAGUUCUAACGGAAUUCAACGAUGGACCGUACCACGCGGUGAAUACUACACUUUAAUCAGCGUGGGAGCACGAGGAGGAAGGGGCUCUGAUGGAUUGGGUAACGCUUUGGGUGCCCUUGCUCGCGGUGUGAUAGAGCUCCAAAAAGGCGACCAACUAUAUUUCAUAGUAGGUCAAGCGGGAAUAGACGCAUGUCUCAAAAAUCUCGGCAUGAAGAUAGACAAUUGUCAAGUACCUGGUCAAUCGCAUGAGCCAUCGAUGUUACAUAGCAUGGCGUCGAAAGUGCGAGAAGUAAAAAAAGUUGAAUUUAAGAAUGGUGGUGGUGGUGGUGGUGGCGCGUCAGUUAUCUUCGCGCUAAAAGCCAACGGCGAACCUGAACCUAUCUUAAUCGCGGGUGGUGGUGGUGGUUUGGGACUGAAUCCUUUCACAGAAGACGGAUUACAACACGGACGUGGUCCUGUUUCCGUCGAUAGACUCCCAUCUCCUCCAUCCGUGACUUCAAAAGACAUAGGCGGAUCUGGUGGCAGUUGGGAAUGUCUGUGGACUAAUGAUUCCAAUCAACAAAAUUCCGCGGGAAUGCCAUUGAUUCGUGGAGGUUUGGGAGGAUUCGGUUGCGAAUCCGGAGAUGAAGGUUACGGUAAUGGAGGUUUUGGUGGAGGUGGGGGAGGUUGUCAAACAGGUGGCGGCGGCGGUGGUUAUAUUGGCGGUAAUACCGGAUAUAAGGAUUCUGGGAAUGGCGAGGGCGGUUACUCAUACGCCAAUCGUAAGCUUACUAACAUCUACUUUAAAACUGCGGCUCAUUAUGGCUCGGGCGAGAUUCUUAUCAUACCCGCUGUCAGUGGUUGCGGUUGUGAUUAUCGUUGCGUUGCACUCGAUCGGUAUAUGAAUGAGACCAAGUGUCUCUGUCCCCAGGGUUGGUUGCUCAGCAACGAUUCCAAAUCGUGUAUUAUGACCGACGAUUCCAAAGAUGCACAAAAAACAUACAUGAUCCCACUUGUAGUCAUAAUCAUCGGCCUAUUCGUCAUUAUCGGAAUUUGCCUAAUAUCCUAUAAGCGAUAUAAAAACCAACAAGAGCUUCUGCAUCGUCGUCAAGUGAUGUUCGGCAACGGCACAGAGUUAACUGCAUUGCGUGCGGUAUCGGAUACAAUGAUGACUGAAUUCAACCCCAACUAUGAAUUCGCUGGCAAUCUAUAUAGCUUUAAAGAUUUACCGCAAAUACCACGCGAUAAUAUUACUUUAAUAAAACCUCUUGGUCAAGGCGCUUUUGGCGAAGUUUUCCAAGGCGUAUACAAAUAUAGACGCGGCGAGGAACAUCCUGUUGCUGUAAAGACGCUGCCAUCUUUAUCCACAACGCAAGCAGAAGCUGAUUUCAUGAUGGAAGCAUUGAUAAUGAGCAAAUUUAAUCAUCCUAAUAUAGUACACUUUAUCGGUGUUUCUUUUGAUAAACAUCCGAGAUAUAUUGUUCUCGAGUUAUUAGCCGGAGGAGAUCUCAAGAAUUUCCUACGCGAAGAAAGGCCUCGACCAGAUCGACCUACAUCGUUAACAAUGCUGGAUCUUAUCAUGUGUGGUUAUGACGUCGCAAACGGUUGUAAAUAUAUGGAAGAGGCGCGUUUUAUACAUCGAGAUAUUGCCGCUAGGAAUUGUUUAUUGACUACCAAAGCACCAGGGCGUACUGUUAAGAUUGCGGACUUUGGUAUGGCUAGAGACAUUUAUCGAAGUGAUUAUUAUAGAAAAGGUGGCAAAGCGAUGCUGCCCAUAAAGUGGAUGCCGCCUGAGAGCUUUUUGGAUGGUAUAUUCACUACAAAAACCGACGUCUGGGCCUUCGGAGUGCUUCUAUGGGAAAUUAUGUCAUUCGGAUAUAUGCCCUACACCGGAUGCGCAAAUCGCGAAGUUAUGUCAAUGGUGACGUCCGGUGGCCGUCUAGAAAAACCUGCAGGAUGUCCAGAUCCUAUAUAUGGGAUCAUGACGCGAUGCUGGCAUCCACAGCCCGAUGACAGGCCAAGUUUUUCUACUAUCGCCGAAAGGAUCGGUUAUUGUUUACAGGAUCCAGAUGUCAUAAAUCAUCCUACGCCUAAUUUUGAUAUAUUGCCGAUCUGCGAUCGGGAAAUAACAAUCAUGAGACCAGAUCCGGAGGCAGAAUGUAUUAAUGUACAGUCUGAUAUGGAUGGAUACAUGCAACCGAGAAUCAUCGAUCCCCGAUCCGUGGCACGUCGCGUAGGUCAAGCCGUACGUGGCACUGCUUAUAAUUCGGAGAAUGAAAAAUUGAAUAGAAAUUGCAAAUCACACAGCGGAAUUUUUACAAGACCGGCUGAAUAUAAACAAGGAACAUACAAUGCGUACGACUCUAGCACGGAUACCUUCGAGCAAACUUACAGUGAAGACAACAAUCAUGAUGAUGAUCAUAAUGACGAGAUGAUGGGAAAUUGCAAGGACAAGUACAGGAUCGUCCGAUCAGAUCGGCAAGAUAAUAAGAUAAUACAUCGAACCAAUAACAUCGAAGACGAUAAUGCAGACAACGGUAAUAACCGUCCAGAGGAAGAAAGUCAUUUGACUGCCAAUAUUGAUAGUGCGAUAACGGAUCGUCGAAAUGGCAAUGAGAGUACAACGACCACUGAUACCAAUUCCGACUCUUUGAUAGUGCAAUCCUCGGACACCCCGCUCGACACGACAACCACUAAUUCGUCACCCAAUACGCGCACUUGCUCACCGAGUCGUACCAUUGGCCUCACCGUCAAUAAUGUCAACGGUAUAGUAAAGAAGAAUACUUUGAAGGCGACAUUGAGUUUGGAUCCGAGCGCUCUUUGCAGAGGCACCAUACCUUAUGAGAAGAUUACAACGCAAACGCAACGUUCGAGCACACCGGGAAGUAUGGAGCUAAGGAAGGAUUCCCUGGGUCAUGAACUACCAAGGGAAGAGGAGUGCUCCUGCUGAGACUUAUCCGAGGGGGGUUGACGAGGCUGCUCGAAGGCCGCGAUCGCGACCGCUCGUCGACUACAAAAUCAACUGCAAAGAUCGGCUACGACGACUGCGGUUACGAUAGACACGCAGCUCGUAGAACUCUCCUCGCCUACGUGGGCUCGCGACAAUGAAUAUUCGCGUCGUUUCUAUUCCGAGGAGACUCUCUUGUGAAUAGAGAUCACGAAAAGUUGACGCUUCGUCAACUGAAGCUAGUUUGUAUAAGAAAAAAUCUAUUGUAAGUCGGCAGGAGAGAUUGUUAAACGAAUGUUUAUUAGACCAAAUAUGCAUGUACAGAUAAGAGGAACAAAAGAGAUACCAAAUACAUAAUAUAUUCAGGCCAUUUAAGAGCUAACUCAUCGCCAGCAAAUAAAAUUUUAAUAUUGUGACGAGGUGAGACGAGAAUUUUUACGUAUUUAAAUUUAUUGGAAACUUUAUUCGUUAAAAAGAUGUUUGAGCGUGAAUUAAUCGGAAUGAGAACUAUGAAAAAUGCGAAUGUUUAUGUAUAUUAUGUGUGUACUUCAAAACCGCAGAUAAAAAUAAACAAACAGCCUUCGAAUAAACAGCAUUUAUUCGAACAUUUAUUCGAACUUUAAUCGAAAUAAUUUGUGGAAUUUGCGCGAUCAAUUUUUAAUUUAUGAAGAAAAGAGAAUUUUUUUUUUUUCUUACAAUGUAUAUAUACUCGGCAUUUAAAGGUCUAACAAACGUGAGAAGUUUUGACAGCAAAGUAUCUCUGGUCGCAAACAGAGGCUUGUAUCGUCUAUCUGUCUAAUUGAUAAGAAUAGCAAUGGGAUCGAUAUGGAUCCGAAAAGUGUUAUGUGACUUUGUUGAGUAAAGUGUAAUAUAUCGUAAUAUUGAUGUAAAAGUCUCCGUAGGCUGUCUACUUCGUAAUUCAUCUUUAAUCAAAGAAACAACGACAUAAACAAGAUUCUCGUCGAUACACUAUUCCUAUUAUAAAGCGGACAACGUUAUGAGUGCAGUUUUGAAAAAAGGGGAAUAAAAAGAGCACGAGCCCUUUUUUAUUUUUCUUACAAAGACGACGUACUUUACGUACGCGUAGCGUAUGAAAGUCAGUUACUAUGUAUCUAUACGUGAAACGUAAUAAAGGCGUAUUUAUGAACUGUA